UUAUCUAAUAUUAUACGUACUGUUAAAAACAUAGGCUUAAGAGGACACAUACUCGAAUAUGUGUCGAUUCACACUUUGUAUUAAUUUAUAAUCUAGAAAUGUUACGUAUGAAUCAUCGUAUAGUAUAUAUUGAACAUAAAUGUAUCAUUUGAAAAAUAAAGUUAUUGUGCUACGUUCUUUUUAGAAACGUUUCUAGUAUGUUUGUUUAAUUAGUUGCUAUAAUAAUUGGUUUUCUUUGUUUCAUGUCGAAGUUUCGUGAAGUAUUACGAAUCGCAAUUAAUAGAGUUUCAGUUAAGACUUCUGGGGGCUUGAAGUAUCGAACUUUCUCGUAUCGCUGAAUUUUUAUCUAAAAUAGAUAAGUUAGCGAGCAGUCAUUUUUUUUAAGAAGAUUAUCAGACAUUCAUCGUUCCAACGCGCGCUCGAUUUCCGUCCGUGAACAGUAAGCUAUAAUUGUUUGUGCAGCGAUAAUAAGAAACUUAUGCAAAUCCAAACUAUUGACGAUCGGAUGGUCAUCAACGCGAAGUAGUAAUGAAAAAAAGGGGGUGUAUAUUCACAAAAGUGUAUGUUACAAUGUAUUAUUUGUAUUACAUACGAAGAAUAAACGGUAGAAAUCGGAGCAUCAUAUGCGACAAUAAUUGAAAACUCUAAUUAUUCACCCGAGGAAAAAGGAAUUUGUCAUUAUCGGCAGAAUUGAUUCACCGCAGCACGUGAUCGAAGCGAUCCAUAAAAUGAGAAGACGUCGAAAUUCAAACGCGAAGUGCACUUGUCGCAAAGUGCACCGCGCUUUCAAAGAAAGUGUUUCAUAUGCGCCCGCUCACAGUAUCGUGAUUAUCGUGAUGAAUUUCACGACCAGAUGAUGCCUCGUUUUCGUGUGCCGUUCAAGGGAUACGAAUCCGUCGAUCGACGACCUUCCGACAGCGAGACGACGGAAGUUAUAAAACGUUACCGAGGACCUUCCCGUGUCAUUGAGCCGGCUGUGUUUUUCGGACACCGCGUACGUACACGCAUAUUGGAGUGACUGAUGCUGGCGUGCGUCCUUGGGAUUUCUACCAUGACUCGAAUCGAAAAGGAGCCGUAGGUGUACGACCCAUGUCCAUGGCCCGACUCUAUCGAGCUUAUACCAUGUUUCAUGGAGAUAUCGCCGGGUGGAAAGUUUUGUCAGACGAAAGUAGUUUAUUGUGCGCGACGACUCAACGCGACUGAACGGUGCUCGAUCCAUCGAUGAAUUCCUCCGAACAAAGUGUCCGCGUAGUGGAUUCUACAGUCUGCAGUGGAUAAGUUUGACGGAAAUUGGAUCGGUGAGGAAAGCUGUGAGCCAUCCGAUCCUAAUGCGGACCAUUUAAAUGAGCGUCGAAGGUUUCGUGGAGUCGGAAGGAAACGGACGAAAAAUCCCAUCCCUCGCAAAGGGAACGGAGUAAUCAAUCCUGACCCUCCGAGCAGCGGGUGGUUUCGUUGCUCGCGUCAUUGUGCAUCUCCGAAGGAGACUCGGAAAAGCGUAACCGUGCUUUUACCGGACACGCGUAUACGGCGAUCAAGGGGGAACGUAUGGAUAGAGGGGAGAAGGGAACAUUUAGAGUGGCCCGUUUCCCUUAUCACGAUAAAACGGUAUAGGCUUAGCAACUGUAGUGGUUUAGAGGCGGCACGACGGAACACGAAGCCGCGGCCGGUGAGCCGCUUCAGGUUGAGUCAUUUUCAUCCGUGGAUCAGUCUGGCCGUAGAUCGUAGCCGCGAUGGGUCGGUCAACCGUGAGAUCAUCGUCGUCGUCGCCGUCGUGGUCUGUCAUCGUCGUGGUCAUCGCCCGUUGAUCAAUCGCCCGUUCGAUCGGUAGCCAGGAAUCGCACGCUCGAGAUAAUCGGUGUCUCGAGGAAAAAUGGACGUGGAACUGGUCACCCGUGCCUCGUUAAACUCUCUGCACAUGGUCAACCAUGCCCGGAUCGUCGCGCCUAACAACCUUGACGAGUGGACCUGGACCAGCUUGCGAAAACAGUUCAAAUAUAAGAGCCUAGAGAAGCUGUUCACGGUCUACCAGAGGAGGCUUCAGUAUGGUUAUCUGUCGCUCUUCGGUCUUUUGCAACUGGCCCUCGGAACCACGUAUUGUUUGAUUCUGGUUACAAUGGUCAGCAUCGAGAAUUGCGUGGUGGACGUCGUGGUUUACAGCAUAGUCAGCGCGUUACUCUGCCCGGUGAUCGCGCUUUCGUUUCGAUCGAAGAUCAUCGCCAAGAACAGUUAUAUGUCGGUGAUGCUGUCCUGCCUGAUCGUGGUGCUCCUUGUAACCGCUGACCUGAUCGUCCCUAUGUACUACACCCUCAUGUACACCGACGAAAUACCACCGAUACCGAUAAGGCCUGCGUACGCGACUCAAGCGCUUUUAGCUUGUUACGUUUUUUUACCUCUCACGGAGAAUCUACACGCUUUCAUGCUCGGGAUCACGGCUACGGUGUGCUACCUGACCACGCUUACGUUAAUCAGUUAUAGAAAUACGUUCGAUCAUUCUAAGUAUUACACGAAGAUUAUUACAGACACGAUUUACUUUGCUUGCGUCAAUGGACUGGGGCUAUACUUCAGAUUUAUGAACGAGAUCGUUAUUAGGCGGUCGUUUCUCGAUCGGCGAAAAUGCGUCGAAUCGACGCUGCGACUCAAUUAUGAAAAGGAUCAAGAAGAACAACUGACGAGAAGCAUAUUACCGCAACAUAUAGCUGCGAAGAUAAAAAAAGAUUUCCGAGACAUCUUCAAGUUCAUAGAAGAGCACAAGAAACCUCCGCCUAAGGGGCGACCUCGCAGCGAUCUCUGCGUUGAGACACACAAAGACGUGAGCAUUUUGUACGCCGACGUGGUGAACUACUCCGGUUUGACCGUCACGUUGCCCGUGCGAAAGUUGGUCGACACUUUGAACGAACUGUUUGGUAGUUUCGACGAAGCGUCUGAGAGGCACAACGUCCUCCGUAUCAAAUUCUUAGGUGACUGUUACUACUGCGUGAGCGGUGUACCGACUCCGAAUUCUCAGCACGCCAAGAGCUGCGUAGAUUUAGGACUGGAUAUGAUAAAGAUUAUAAAAAACGUGAGAGCGAGGGUGCGUCGCGAGAGCGGCGUGGACGUGAACAUGAGAAUAGGUAUCCACUCGGGGAACAUAAUAUCGGGGAUCCUGGGUGCUAACAAGUGGCAAUACGACGUUUGGUCACGCGACGUCGUUAUAGCUAAUAAAAUGGAGCAAACCGGGAAACCGGGCAAGGUUCAUAUUACGCAACAGACGUUGGAUCUGAUCGACGCCAGCGAAUAUGAUUGCGUCCCGGUGGACACCUUGAACGACGAGACUCUGAAGCAGUACGGGAUCCGAAGCUACCUGAUCACCCCCGCAAUGUCCACUCCCGAGCCCGAACCGUGUAUCACGCAGAACAGCGAGAACACUUUGACAGUCAUGACUCCGGAUCCCCCGGCAGCGUCUAACAAGCAGCAUUACGUGAGAUUCCUCAGCGUUAACAAUAUGAAUUCUGGCUCAAGGAACAGUAGACGGCUCACCGCUACUAUAAGUAAUCACGUAGACAUCGGUGCCUGCAGGCGCCGCACGCACUUCAUGGACUCCUGCCUGAAAGAUUAUCAUCUGAUGCUGAAAGCCGCGGACGUGGAAAUGGAGAACGCGAUCAAGCAAAUGCCUCUCACUAAAUGGGAACAAUGGUGCAAAUGGGAGAACAUAAAUCCGCUGUUCAUAACGUUGCAACCGUGGAGUUGGGAGAUACCGUUUCUAAAGGAACCCGAUCCACUUUUUAAAUUUUACAUUAGCUCGGCCGUGUUCGUCCUAAUUUUCAUGGGACUCAUUUCCCUCGUACCUUCACUCUUCUCUUCCGAAUGGCAUUUGAGCACAACGAUCAGUUACAUCGUAUCCAUGUUAUUUUUAAUCGCAUUAAUGCCCAUAGCUUGGAUGCACUUUGCAUGGAACAGAUACAAGGAUCCGCAUGACGAGCACGAGGGACAAGUUCCGCAUCCUCGCAAUAAAUUAUUAUCUUUUCUUUAUCAAACUAGCAUAAAGGUCGUAUGGAGCGCAUUUCUCAGGACAAUCCUGUAUUUGGUCAUAACGAUAAUGUUAGUAGCGUGCGCCAUGUUCGAUAUGAUUUUCGAAUGUGAGAACAUGGAUGAACGUAACAGCAACGAUACGACCAGCAUCGUAGAACCUGGCUCAAAUCUCGAUUGCAUAACUACACCAUGGCAAAUGACACAGACCUGCUCGCUGGCGAUUCUGACGAGCUUUCUGUUCCUGAGGCUGCAUUACAUCUUAAAGUUAGUAAUAGCUAUCGCGGUAGUGUCAUUUUAUUCGUGGAACGUUUGGGUGUACCGAUCAAAUUUGUUCCAGUCAGGUGAAAGGUGGAACCCUCACUUAGAACCGAAAGUAGCUCACAUUCUGAGCGUCCUGUUCCUCACGUUCUCUUUGCACCUUAUCGAUCGGCAAGCAGAAUAUUUGAGCAGAUUAGACUAUCUAUGGAAACGUCAAUUGACCAAGGAACAGGACGAAGCGUUUCACACGAGAAACGCGAAUAAACUUCUGCUUCGUAACAUUCUACCGGAACAUGUUGCGGAAUUCUACUUGAAUAUGAACAGAUCGGAAGAGCACGAACCGUAUCACGAAGCCCACAAUAACGUGGCGGUCAUGUUCGCUUCAUUGACGGACGUAUCGAUCGACGAGAGCAACAGUUUAGUAGACUUGAAUGAAAUCAUAUGCGAGUUCGACAAGUUAUUAUUCGAGCCGCAGUUCGUCUGUCAAAUCGAAAAAAUCAAGAUCGCCGGUACCACCUAUAUGGCAGCUUGUGGAUUAGAAGCAAGUCGACGCGAUUCAAUGCACAGCGAUGAGAGCGAAGAGAAUUUCAGCGACAACGUGGUCAAAGUGAUGGCUGAGUUUGCUACCAAGAUGAUGGCAGUUCUAAAGAAGCUAAAAGAGAAAUCUUUUUACACGUCGAAGCCGUAUAGACUGAGAAUUGGGAUAUCGCACGGGGAAGUAACGGCAGGAGUAGUGGGUGCCCAUAAACCGCUGUAUGAUAUUUGGGGCGACGCUGUGAAUAUGGCAUCAAGAAUGGAUACUACAGGUGUUGCGGGAAAAAUACAGGUCACGGCAGAGACUGCGGCUGUUCUUGAACAGCAAGAUGUAAAGUGCCACCUCCGAGGACAGACGUACGUAAAACCGAAAGGAUACGUAACGACGUAUUUCGUAGGUAUCGAUGAGAAACAUCAACUUCAAAAAACCGAUCCCAUUGAGGAAACCAGUCUGUGAUUGAAGCAGUGAUUACGCGCGCGUGUGUGUGUGAGUGUGUGAAUAUGUAAUUUCUCUAAAUCAAUUCUCUACGCUAAUGGUCUCAGUAAAUAAACUGAGCACGGGCGAGAUAUUAAGGUAUCUAGGUGAACGCACAGGAAGAAAAGCAGCACUGAAACCAAAGAAAACUUGGAAGACCAAAGAGAUCGACGAGAAUUGUCGUCUGUCGACAACCGCGAUACCACGCAUGGAAUACCUCAACUUAAUGACACUUGACAACAUAAUCACGUUUUAUGCUCGUCGUCACGCUCAAUUAUUAUCAUAAAGCGAAGAAACAGAUUUUAAUUGUUACAUUAAGAAAACGGCUCGUAUAACACGUGUCUAAGAACGGUACCGGUAAUUUCUAAUUUGCGAAGCCAUCAAUUUUGAAAUUUCUCGUAGAAAUCGAUGCUAUAAUUACAAAAUUUGUUUCACAUUCAUUUAAAAUGUUUAUAUUGUAAAUAUGUGAAACGGCAACGUUCGUUUCCCUCGACAAUGCACAAUCUACUGAAAGUAUAUCUUUUAAUCGUGUGAUAAAACUGAUACUUUACGAUAUGAUAGUUGGAACGAUGAUAGAAAAAAUCAAAAAGGACAUAAAACAUUUAUGUGUAAAUGAUACACAUUAUAAUUCAAAAUAUAUAUUUAUUGACGUAGGUUUUUCCAAGGUACUGACAAUGGGCGAACGUUUUGAACAUUCACAAACAUCUUUUCGUGUGCAAUCUAGAAAAAAUGUUUGUUAAUUUCAAAAUUCGGCCUUGAAGCACUUACGUAUAGACUUAAGGCGUUCUUUCGUUCCUGUCGAAGAAUAUAUCAAAUUCUCACGUAAAGAAACGUUCAUCUAGGAUACCGCUCGGUUAAAUUUAACGCGCACUUAUUUCCGGUCAAGUUGCCGAAUUGUUAUACCGUCGCUCUACAUAUUUUAAGACCAUUCAAAUCAAGUAAUUCGGCAGCUCGAUCUUUUCUACGUUCCCAUAUCGUACAUCUACGUAUCAUUUAAAUGCUUAAGUAUUUUGUACAAAUCUUUCAUUGACGAGAUGAGUGGAGCGGAAUUUUUCAUUACGAUUCAAAUUAUAGUUAUGAUCGCGAUACUGAGCGAUAGUAAUAUUACAAACAUUAAAGUCUGCAAACUACAUUCAAGUACGGUUUUUUAAAUACAUAAUUUUUGAAAGCUAUAAUAGUCUUUUCCGCUUACAAAAUCAUUCGCGUGACGAGCACUGGUUUAUUUCUUUGUACAUACUUUUGUACAUAUUUUUUAACUGUAUUAAAAGUAACGACCAAUGUGAUUUGAAUAAAAUAUUUAUUACUCUACGUGUACUACGCGAUGAAAAUGUAAUAAAUUAACGCACGUGUAGGUUUGUCACAAACACCGAAGAGCAUUGUAAUAAAUGUUUAUAUAUACAUAUAAAGCCAAGAAUAAAAAAAUCUUACAGUUCGAAAA